CCUUGUCUUGAAGAUCUGCUGAAAACGGGGUUAACGAUGGGGGAAGAAGAUACAAAAGUCACUGUGGAGCCAACAUCAAAUGGGACUAGUUCUCUUCAAAAGCCAUCAGAUGCAAUCAAACAAGUGGAGGAGAACGCUAGUGGCAAGGAAACACAGGAAAACAAGAAAGGUGAGGAUACUGGUCCUGAGAAAAUGGAGAUAGAUGAUGAGAUCAAGCAACACGAAGGGAAAAAAGAGAUGGAAGAUAAAGAGGCUGAGGUUACAGAAGAAGAGAAGAAAGCUGAGACUGCGAAACCAGAAGAGAAGGAUAAUAUCGAAGACAAGGAGCUCACAGAGACUGCUAAAAUGGACGAAGACAAGGGACAACCAGAAGCUGAUAAAAUGGAUGAAGAUACAGAUGGCAAGAAGUUGGAAGCUGAUGCUGGUGUUUCUGGAGGUGCUACGGAGGAAGAUACUGUGAAUAAAGACAUCGAAGGUGCUGAAAAUCAAGGGGGGAAGGAGAUAGAUACUACUGAAGGAGGCCAAGAGAAAUCUGAGAAAGAAUCAGGGGAGGAGAAACUAGAAGGAGGGAAAGUGAAUGGAAACGAAGAAGGGAAUAAGGAAGACAUCAAAGAGGAAGAGAAGUUGGUCGGUGGAGACAAGGCUGACAAUGCCGAUGAGGAUGAAAAGAUGGAGGAUGUUAAUACAAAGAACAAAGAAGAGGUAGCAGAGGAAAAGAAUGCGGGCGAACUGGCUGAAGAUGGGAAAGAGGAGGAAACAAGCAAAGAAGAAGAAGUGGAGGCAGAAGCUGAGCUCGAUGAGCCGAAAGUGGAAGACGAAAAAACUGAGAGUAAGGACGAAAAUGAGAAUGAUGUAGAUGACAGCAAGGAUGAGAAUGAAGAUAAAGAGGAGGAGACAAAGCAUGAGAAGGAAGAUGAAAAAGAAGAGCGCAUGGAUGAUAAGGAAGAUGAAAAAGAGGACAGCAAUGAUGACAAGGAAAAUAAAAAUGAGGAUAGCAAGAAGUCUAGCAAGCGAGGGAAAGGGAAGACUGAGAAGUCUCGCGGGAAGACAAAGAGCGAGGAAGAAAAGAAGGAUAUUGAACCUAAGACUCCUUACUCUGAUCGCCCUGUCCGUGAGCGAAAAUCUGUUGAAAGGCUUGUCGCAGUGGUUGAUAAAGAUUCUUCAAGGGAAUUCCAUGUAGAUAAGGGAAAAGGAACACCUCUCAAAGAUAUCCCCAACGUUGCUUACAAGAUAGGAAAGAAGAAGUCUGAUGAACUUUUGAAGCUGCUACAUGGAAUUCUAUUUGGUGGGAAAAGAGGGAAGGCUGCUGAGAUCAAGGCAAACAUAUUGCGCUUUUCUGGUUACAAAUGGCAAGGAGAUGAGGAAAAGGCAAAAGAUAAAAUAAAAGAAAAGCUUGACAAAUGCAACAAAGAAAGGUUGCUGGAGUUUUGCGAUAUCUUUGACAUAUCAGUUGCCAAGACUACAAAAAAGAAGGUCAUUAUGGAAGAUGUUGUUGCAAUGCUGUUUGAGUUUCUGGACAAACCUCAGGCUACAACUGAUGUGUCAGUUUUUGAGAAAGAGAAGGGAGCAAAGCGCAAAAGAACUCCUAAGAAAAGUUCGCCUGCAGCUGGAAGUUCAUCUUCAAAACGAUCAGCAAAGAGCCAAAAAAAGACGGAGGAAGCAACAAGGACUGACAAAAAGAGUUUACCUCAUUCUGAUGAUGAGUCUGAAGAAGAGAAGGAGGAAGAAGAAGAAUCAGAGAAAGAGCAGGAGGCAGAGGAGGAAGAAGAAAAGAGUGAAGAGGAGAAUGAAAAUGGGAUUCCUGAUCAAUCUGAAGACGAGGCGCCUCAGCCUUCUGAGAGUGAGGAGAAAGUUGAAUCUGAGGAGGAGUCAGAGGAAGAAACUAACAAGAAGAAACGUGGCUCUAGGUCAUCAUCUGGAAAGAAAGAAUCAGCAGUGAAAUCCAGAAGCAAGAAAGCUGCAGUCUCUGCGAAACCCAGUACACCAAAGAAAGUUACUCAGAAGCGCUCGGCAGAAAAACGAAAGAAGACUGAUGACGACAGUGAUACAAGUCCCAAGGCAUCCUCUAAGAGGAAGAAGACUGAAAAACCGGCCAAGGAGCAGUCCUUGGUUGCUUCAAAAUCUGCAUCAAAAGAGAAACCAGGAAAAAGAGGCGGAAAAGGAAAAGACAAAACCAAGGAGCCUAGUGAUGAAGAGUUGAAAAUUGAAAUUGUUGAUAUCUUGAAAGGAGUGGACUUUAGCACGGCCACCUUCACCGACAUCCUCAAUCUACUAGUUAAGAAGUUCAAACUCGAUCUCACCUCAAAGAAAUCAUCUAUAAAGAUGAUGAUUCAAAAAGAGCUAACUAAGCUAGCAGAGGAAGCUGAUGACGAGGAAGGAGAAGAAGAGGAAGAAGACGAGAAAGAGAAAGCUGGAGGAUCUGGUGGUGGAGAGAAGGUUAAAGCCUGA